AUGCACGCAUGCCCCAAUGAUUGCAUCUUGUAUAGGAAGGAGUAUGAGGAUUUAACUCAUUGUCCUAAUUGUGGUAUCUCAAGGUGGAAGGAAGGCAAAGAUUCAAUCUUGAAAGAGGGUGUGCCAGCGAAGGUGGUGUGGUAUUUUCCUCCAAUUCCAAGGUUUAAAAGGAUGUUUCGAUCACAUGAGACCGCUAAGAGUUUGACUUGGCAUGCUGCUAGAAAAUCAAUUGACGGUUAUAUGUCUCAUCCAGCGGAUUCCCCGUCUUGGAAACUUCUUGAUGAUAAAUGGCCCGAGUUUGGUAAUGAGCCGAGAAACUUGAGAUUGGCUCUUUCAUCUGAUGGAUUCAAUCCCCACAGUUCUCUAAGUAGCAGAUAUAGUUGCUGGCCAGUUAUCUUAGUUACAUAUAAUCUCCCUCCAUGGCUGUGCAUGAAACGAAAGUUCAUGAUGUUGACCUUAUUGAUUUCCGGUCCUAAACAGCCCGGAAAUGAUAUAGACGUCUACUUGGAGCCUUUGAUUGAUGAUUUAAAAUCUUUGUGGGAUGGGAUUGGAGGAGUGUAUGAUGCACAUAAUGGAGAAUACUUUACACUCAGAGCUGCAUUAAUGUGGACAAUUAAUGAUUUCCCCGCCUAUGGAAACUUAUCUGGUUGUGUUGUUAAAGGAUAUAAAGCUUGUCCAAUAUGCGGCGAUGAUACACCUAGUCACAGGUUGAAAAAUGGCCACAAAAUUUGUUACAUUGGGCAUAGAAAAUGGUUACCGAUCAAUCAUCCAUAUAGGAGGCAACGUGCAGCUUUUAAUGGGAAACCUGAAUAUGGCACGCCUCCUGAGCCAUUAACCGGAGAAGAAGUGCUGCAUAUGGUUGAAGAUGGUGACAGAGUUUGUUGGAAGAAGAAAUCAAUAUUCUUUGAUCUCGAGUAUUGGAAAUACCUUCCUGUGAGGCAUGUCCUAGAUGUUAUGCACAUUGAGAAGAACGUUUGCGAUAGUAUCAUUGGUACAUUGCUGGAGAUCCCUGGAAAAAAUAAAGAUGGGAUUGCUGCUCGAUUAGAUUUAUUGAACAUGGGGGUCAAAACUGAUUUGCAACCCGAGUAUGGAGAAAGACGUACUCGUUUGCCUCCCGGGCCUUGGAAUUUGUCAAGAGCAGAGAAGAGAGAGGUUUGCAAUUCUUUCUAUGGUAUGAAGGUCCCUGAAGGUUAUUCUUCAAAUAUAAAAAAUCUUGUAUCUUUACAAGAUUCAAGACUUCUUGGCCUUAAAUCACAUGAUUGUCAUACCUUAAUGCAACAAUUGCUCCCUGUGGCAAUUCGUUCUGUUUUGGAGAAGCCUGCAAGGUAUGCAAUAACUCGUUUGUGCUUCUUCUUCAAUGCUAUAUGUGCAAAGACUGUUGAUGUUUCCAAGCUAGAUAAGUUGGAAGAAGAUGUAGUAGUUACUUUGUGUUUGCUUGAGAAGUACUUUCCCCCUUCAUUCUUUGAUAUCAUGGUUCAUCUAGUAGUACAUCUUGUCAGAGAAGUUCGUCUGUGUGGGCCAGUAUAUUUUAGAUGGAUGUAUCCGUUUGAAAGAUAUAUGAAAGUGCUAAAGGGGUAUGUUCAGAAUCGUACUCGUCCCGAAGGUUGCAUUGCUGAGCGGUAUAUAGCUGAAGAAGCUGUAGAGUUUUGUACCGAGCAUUUAUCUGAUGUUAGUACAGUUGGAGUGCCUUCAAGCCAAAAGAUGGGAGUUUCAAAGCCAUUAUCAGGUUGCACAGUGAGCGUAGUUGAUCGGGACCUGUUGAACCAAGCACAUCUAUAUGUCUUGGAGAAUACGGAGGAAGUCCUACCUUAUAUCGAGCAACAUAUGAUCCACAUCCAGACCGCUUAUCCAAAAUUUAGAAAGAGAACAAAGUGGCUGCAGGAUAAGCACAAUAGCACUUUCAUUCAAUGGCUACGCUUCAAGGUUCAAAGUGAACUUAAUGAGGAAGACAAUCAUGGCGUAUCAGAAAAUUUAAGGUGGCUAGCAGCUGGUCCAAACAUGGCAGUGCCAUUAUAUAGGAGCUAUCUCAUUAAAGGUAUUAAAUUCAACAUCAAGGCACAAGAUGAUGUGCGGACAACUCAAAAUAGUGGAGUUUAUUUACUUGCACAUACUAUGCAAGUUGCUAGUGCCAAGGAUAAAAACCCAAUUCUCUCAAAUAUGGGUUUCUAUGGUGUCAUUCAAGAAAUUUGGGACCUUGACUACCAAAAGUUUACAAUCCCAGUCUUUAGGUGUGAUUGGAUUGAUAAUACUUCUGGUCUUGUAGUGGACGAACUUGGAUUUACCCUUGUAGAUUUGAGUAAAAUUGGACAUAGGAAUGACCAAUUUGUUUUGGCUUCUCAAGUCAAACAAGUAUUUUUUGUUGACGACCCGAUGCAUCGUGGUUGGUCGGUAGUGUUAUCAAUGCCUAAUAGAGAAUAUAAUGAUGUUAUUGGUGAUGAUGUCUUAGGUGAUGUGAGAAUUGAGUGUGAGCCAUUUACUAGGGGGAUGCCAAAUGUUGACACAUUUGAUGAAGUGGUGGUUGAGUUAGGGAGUCAAAAUAUUCGAGAUGGGUGUGAAGAUAUAUGGGUUGAAUGA